AAGGUUGGUACUUUUCAAUGAAUUAGAACGACACGCAUUUUGCCAACGAAAAAUAAAGAAAAAGAAAGAAACUACAGCACCUCCAUAAAUUUACUGACGGAAAAGACAUUUGUAACCGAAUUAUCGAAAUUAAUCAGAGUGAGGCGUUUAGUAUUUCUGUUUUAUUUCGUUUUUGAAAAAAAAAAAAAAUGAAAACCAAAUUUAUCAACGGCGUUUCUUAUUCCCCUACAAUGUCGCUGGGUCUUCUGGUGAGCGAGAACGCCUUGCAGGUCCAACCAGACACUCAGGAGGACUGUAAGGAGCUGGUGUGCCCUGACCAGCCCAACCUGGACACCCGGGGCAAAGCUUAUCUGUGGUGCAGAGAGUUCCUCCAUGGAGCCUGGAAAAGCCUGGCUGAGGACGAUGUCCAUAUCACCAUCAUAAGGGGUGGUCUAAGCAACAAGCUCUUCCUGUGCAGCCUCCCUGACAGCCUGGACACUGUCUGGGACGAGCCGAGGAGUGUCCUGCUGCGCCUCUAUGGGGCCAUACUGCAGAUGUCCUGUAAUAAAGGGGAUUCACGACAAUCAAACAAAGAAAAUCACUUCCAAACUCCUCCAUCCUUCUCCUCCAACCCCCGAUUUCAACUUAAGCCCUUUUCAGACAUGUACUUCACCCCAAGACAGGGAGCGGAGGCCAUGGUGCUGGAGAGUGUGAUGUUUGCAAUCUUGGCGGAGAGGGGGUUAGGCCCUAAACUCUAUGGUAUUUUCCCUCAGGGCCGACUGGAGCAGUACGUCCCUAGCCGUAAACUAGACACCUCUGAAUUAAGCGACCCCAGCAUCUCAGCUGAGGUUGCAGAGAAGAUGGCCAAGUUUCAUGGAAUGAGGAUGCCCUUCAACAAGGAACCGAAGUGGCUGUUUGGAACCAUGGACAAGUACCUGAGCCAAGUCAUGAGGCUGAAUUUCACAAGAGAGUCCCACAUGCGUUGCUUCAACCGACUGCUCAGCUACAACCUGCCACAGGAAAUGGAUCUGCUCAAGUCUCUACUGGAGUCCACCCACUCUCCUGUAGUGUUCUGCCACAAUGACUGUCAAGAAGGGAACAUCCUGCUGCUGAAGGACCACCAGACCUCAGACAAACAGAGGCUGAUGCUCAUUGACUUUGAGUACAGCAGCUACAACUACAGGGGAUUUGAUAUUGGCAACCAUUUCUGUGAAUGGAUGUAUGACUACAACUGCGAUGAGUUUCCUUUCUUCAAAGUCAUUGCUCAGACCUACCCUUCAAAGUCCCAGCAGCUGCACUUUAUUGAAAAAUACCUGAGCGAGUCUGACAGAGGGUUUGACAACCUGACGGAAGAAGACCAAAUGAAACUGAAGCAGGAGCUGUAUAUGGAGGUCAACAGAUUCUCCCUGGCAUCCCAUUUCUUUUGGGGCUUGUGGUCCAUCAUCCAGGCCCGGCUCUCCACCAUCAAGUUCGGAUACCUGGAGUACGCCCUGGCCCGAUUUGAUGCCUACUUCCAGCAGAAAAAGAUCUGGGCUGUCUAAUGAAGUGAGAUGAUUGGAUGGAUUGAUAAAACGUUCAGCCAAAUGGCAGGAGGACAUACAGGCUGAUAAAGAUUCCACUAUCCACACUUUACUCAAACUCCCUGCCUUGAGAUGAUAUUCUGGCUACUGUUGGUGUUGUGCUUAUCAAAGCCAAAACUUGAUCACGUGGCUAUGAUGCUUAAAGUAUGCCCCACAUCAUUUCCAGCUCAAAGUUUAUACUGUGUAACUCCCUGAGAGCCAAAAAAAGAAAAAAACAUUGACUUAAACUAACCUUCAUCAUUCGUCAGAAGCGCUCUCUGCUUCUUCCUUGUUUGAACCAUAUCACUAACACAUGGGUUUUGUGCAGGAGAAAGGUGGAUUUCGGUUACACGCAAUGUACCAGUAACCUGGCUCUACCUGUUACUGAUAGGCUAACUUGUUGGCUGGUGGAAUCAUUACUUGUUCAACAGACCAGACUGAUGUCUAUGCUUCACUUUAAUUUUUUAAAUGCUUGUAUUUGACAUUUUCCUCAGGCCAGGGCACAUUCAGUUAUGUUGUAUUUCAAAGUAUGUGGAAGUUUUCUGGGUCUCUCGUUAAACUCCAUCAAAUCAAAAUCAAUGACAUCAAACUUAAGGUAUUUUCCUUUACAAUUAGGUCUGGUUCUGUGUGGCUUCCUUACUAGUAAUGGCCGUAAACUGAUCAACUGUGACUUUGCUCAAACUGUGAAAUUCUUUCCUAAAACAAGUUUGGUGGGUGUCUGUUGGUAUUAUAAUGGAUCACUGUGACAAGUAGAUCCACAUCUAUGUAUAGCCUAGACAAUAGGUAUUAACAUCUGCAUUGUCUGAUUUAGUCAAAAAGACAUUCCAGCCAUGCUAAAUGAGCCUAGGAAAUUGCUGCUAAAAUAUCCAAGAAACUAGUGAGCUAACUAACUAUAUUUUUGCUUUUUUACUUUUAUGUAUUAUAACUGCAUUGAAGAAAACUUCACACAGUACACAUGGCAAUGGUUCCUUAUUGUGGUACUUUGGUGACAUCACUGUUUUUUAGUGCAAAUGCUUACUGCCCAAUUGCCUCAUCAUCAUACCCAUAAUCCAGAAUAAUGACACAAGCGGUGACAUCAUACUGCACAGCUGAAUUUUGCAUAGAUUACCUAUUUAGGGUAAAUUGUAGCUGGACACCUGUAUAGUAACUCUGUUAAAAGGGUAUUUAGUAAAAUAUGGCUUUUACUGUAUCUGUCAGUAACCAAGACCACUCUGUACUACUGAAAGCUCAUAUUGUUUAAAAUGAGAGAUGUGGGAGUGAAAACUGUAACUGUUGUGUCCUGCUCCCUGGCUCUCAUCCAAACAUCCUGAGACCAGCUUGAUUUUACCUCAUCCCAUCAAAACCACCAUUAUAAUUGCACCAAACACCCAAGAACUAUGCUGUUACACACAGUUACAUAGAUUCAUCAUCUACAGCUAAAACAGUCGUUACUUUGCCAGAAAUGGCACCUUGAUAUGUUGUUUUCUUUUGUACAUCUCACAUUUGGUGAAGAACAGCUUUUUCAUGUUAGCAUUCCUCUUUGAACUGUAAUUGGUACCAGUGACCAUAAGCUAUCUUCUCAGUUUGCCACUACAGUAGGAGUGCCUGUCAGCCUGUCAUAAGAAAUGCUGACAAUGACAGCAACUCUUUCCAUGAUAGAAAUCAAUUGUCUACGCAUUUUCCAUAUUGACGGGUGUAUUACCCAAUGAAGAAGAACAAACUAAAGCUGUGUCCGAAAUUGCUAAUGACAGGGAUGACAUAAAAUGAUCUCAAUUUACAGCUCAAUUUUGACUUAACUAUUGAGUGCCCACAAUGUAGGUAGAAGUGAAUAAGUGAACAAGGGGGUGAUUUAGAAACCCAGCCUAAAAUUGACUUUUCACUCCCCUGCCCUCUUACUCACUGUUGCUAUGCCUGUCAAGCGUUUCAGACUCAAAACAACACAUUUGCACUUUAAAUAGAAAACUCACCGCUCGAAAUUAUAAGCAAUUUUUUUAACAAUGUGUCCUUGAUUUCAGACAAUGAUGGACAAAACCAGGCUUCCUAUUUCUACCCAGUAACCAUAGAUUUUGCCAAGGGUAAUGACAACUGUCACCGGAGGUUUUUAUCAGCACUGGCUAGCUACCUAAUUAGGAUCAUGUUAGCACCAUGAGUUCGUUGAAAAUGCUGUCUCCAGCUGACUUUUUAAUGUUUCCAAUUAACUUUAUUUAAUAUGAGGAAAAGGGGUAAAAGGGUACAUACAUGAUAUCAUACUAAAAUACUUAGGCUAAAAGCAAGCUCGUAACUGGGAUGGGGGUCAUGUCCUUCACAACAUAUGAAAAAUGGAAAUUUGCCACAUAUUUUUUUCAAUUAAUUCUUAACACUUAGGCUCUUGUGUUUCUGGUUUUGAAAAGACUAACAAAAGACACCAUUCUCCAAGCUUUUUAAAUGCUGAGCAUUGUACUUACUACAGCCCCUUGCACAACAUGUGAAGAAAUCUAGAGCUUGCUCGGCCUGCUAAGCCUAGUUACACAUGCUAAGUCCUGAUUGGACAAUAGUUGUUUGGGGACGGGGUUUAGCUAAAGUCAAUUGAAAAAGUCGUUGUCUCCAUAACCAAGGAUAUUGCUAAAUACUUGCUCUAUGUUGUAUUACACAAAACUGGUUUGAAACAAUUUAUUUUUUUUAGUGCUAUGUGACUGUGCUGCUAUGAAUGAAAACUGUGCAACCACUACAAAGGCUAGCAUGCAUGUCUAUGUUCAUUCCUGCAUGGAAGCCAACAAAAUGAAUAAUAAUGACUUAUUAAGUGUACAGAAGGCAUCACCUCAUACUUCUUGUGUGAAUGGCUACACAGUGUUUCACAGUUUACACAUAGCUAAGGAAACUGAGCUAGAUCAUUAAACUAAACUGAUCACUACACUAGUCAUCUGAUACUGGAACCACUCAGAGGGGUUUUAAUGUCCGCUGUGGCACUUGUGAUCUUAGGAACGCAAAAAGUAAAAAAAAAAACAAAACAAAAAAAAACAAAACAAAAACCCUAUAUGUACUUGAGUAUUUUCUUGUUUAAAAACAUGGGGGUUGUUGAACUGUGACUUCUAAGUUGCUGAAAUGUUAGUUUUAUUUUACGUGCAAACGUAUUUUCUUGUAUAUUUAAUCGUUAUAUUUCGUUUGGAACGUGGUUAAUGUUUAGUUUUAUAUUUAUUUUGAGAAACUUCUAAUAUACGAUACAAUUGUUACAAUUUAAAAAGUGUUUCUGGUACAUCCCUCAUGAGGCAAUAGUCUUAACUUUGGUACCUGUUGUAUUUUUCAAUACCAUUCAUGGCUAUUUCUUCUACCUAACCUACAUUUGUAUUUUUCUUAUUCAGAAGUUGUCUUUUAUUUUGAAAUGUAACACAUGCAUGAAAUGUAUUUACCCUGACAUCUGUGAAGGUCAUCCAUGUCAUGGUUAUCCAAGAAGAGCUGAAUCAAGGGCAACUGGACUUGGUUGUAGAUCUUGAAGACAUCUCACCUCUCCACCAAGAGGCUUUUUCAGUUCUGAAAACUUCAGUUCUUCAGUUCAUUAACUAAAGUAGCCUCUUGGAUGAGAGGUGAAACGUCUUCAAGAUCUACAGCCCAGUCCAGCUGCCAUUGAUUCAACUCUCAAUAUUGUUGUCCUUUUUCACAUUUUAAAAAAAUAUUUGUUAUAAAAAGAAUGGACACCAUGAAUGUCUAUCAACUCAAAUAACUAAAAUGUUUUAUCUAAUUGGUUCUUCCAAUAAAAUUAAAAAUUUUCAGCAGUACACAACAAACACGCUCACAUAUGUUUAAGCUUGUAAUGUAAUUUAUGUAAUAUUGACUAACAAAACAAAAAGAGGAUAUAGAAGGUUAUGAUAAGAAUUUUCCAAACAUAAAGACAACACAAACUUCUAUCUUACUAUUCUUGAGAAUGUACAUUGUUUUGUACUUGUUUUAAUGUAACAUGUAUUUUUUGUUAACUACAUUAUUGUGUGACUCACAUUGAUAACCUUUGCUAUCUAUGCAGCUUUCCUGAAUGCAUAUAGUAUGUACUCAAAAAAAUAAUUAAAAAUGUAAUAAAAAAUGUUCCAGGUUAUAUGCAUAGAAAUGACCUUAAUAAAUUUAUUUUUCUGCUUUGCACAAAUAA